AUGGAUCAUAAAAUAAAUAUCUUUUUAUAUAUUUGUAAAAAGGAGAGAGAUGUAAAAGCCAAAAAUGGUAUACAGAAAAAACUUAUACCUACAAUAAAUAAAUUUAAUAAAAAGAUUAUUAUAAAAUAUGUUUUAUAUGACUGUAAGAAUAAAACUUAUAUGAUAAAAAAAAAAUGGAAAGUACAUCACAUUUUAAAUAAAACCAAGAAAAAGAUUAAAAAAAAGAAAAAGGAAAAAAAAAUUAAAAAUUUAAUAUAUGAUGAAAUGAUAUAUAAUAAAAAUAAUUUUAAAAAUGUGCAUAAAGUAGAUAAUGACAAUGUUCAUCUUAGUAAUAACAUUUUAUCUUUUAAUAAAAAAGAUGGAUUCCCUAAAUCAAGUUAUAAAAUCUUGUUGAAAGCUAUUGGGAAAAAUAUUAAAAAAUUUAGAAAUAGUACCAUAAUAAAUACAGGGGUAGACACGAACAAACAGGAAAAGAAUGUUUUCUUCUAUGGCUUCAUGUUUACAAAAUACUACAACAAAUAUAAGAGAGAAAAUGGAUUAGUCGUAGAAAAGUUCAAUUUUUUUAAAGAAGACAAAAGAAUAAACAAAACAUGCGAGGUUCUUAAGAAAUAUCAAUAUUUUACUGAUACAUCUUAUAAGGAAUAUAAAAAUAGUGUAUAUAUAGAUGAGUGUAUGAGAAGAAAAAAAGGUUUAAUAUUUGAUAUAUAUGAUUAUAUAAUGAGAAUGGGAUAUAAACAUGUAAAAAUAUAUCUAUCUUCCUGGUUAUACAUAAAUGAACGAGUUAUCGACUUAGGAGGGAACAAUAAAAUAAAAUGCAAGAAAAAGAAAAUAACAAAAAAAAUAAGAAGAUAUAACAAGGUCACGUUUUGUCAUCGAUGUUUUAUCAAAAAAACGUUUGAUUAUAAAAAUCUGAGAUAUCCCCAAUGUUGUAAUAAUUUACCAUCUAAAGAGAAAAUAAGAACAAAGGAUAAUUUAAGAAAUAGUAUAAAAAGGAUAAUAAAAAAAUUUAUUAAAUAUAUUAAUAAUAAUAUAUUACAUAAAAGAGAUAUAUUUAAUAUAUGCUUUAUUUUUCAAUAUAUGAUUUUAACAAAUGAGAAGAAAAAAAUUUUUGUCUACUUAAUUAAUUUCCCUUUUUGUAAUAUAUAUAAAGAUAAUAUAUUUAAUAAUAAUAAUAAUGAGAAAUGCUUACUAUUUUUAUUCCACAAGAGAAUUUUAAAGUAUCUAAAAUGUAUUAAUGAUUAUACAACAUUCUUAUUUCCUUUUAAUAGUUCUAAGGCUUGUCAAGAGGGUUUAAAUUUAAAAAAAAAAAUGAUAUCUUUUAUAAAGCAUAUAAAAAAAAAAUCAUUGAAAAAUUGCAAAAGAGAAAAAUGGAAGCGAACAAAACAUAAAAAAGUUAAACUAAGGAAUAUGAAUUUUUAUUUUAAUAUGGUUAAGAAAAGAGAAGAAAGAAAGUAUAAUUAUGCAAGUGAUAAUUACAUGAACAAAAAUAAUAUAUUAGAUGAAAAAGAAAAAAAAAAGAAUCAUAUGAUAUAUCAUAAAAAGGAUAUUAUUUUCCAUACGCAUAUGUUUGAAUUAUUCGUUCGACUUAUAUUUGAAAACUCGAGAACGUAUUUUACCAUUUUUAUAAACGAACAAACAUAUGAUAAUGAAUUAUAUAAAAGUAUAUACUACUUAAAUUUAUGUAAAAUGAUAGACACAAAAAUAUAUUUAAAAGGUAGUGCAAUGAUGGUUACAAGGGUGCAGAAUAGUAUAAAGAAUACAAGUAAAAAUAGAAAAAAUAAUAGAAAUGAAAACAAUGAUAAGGAUCAUAAUAAUAACAAUAAUAAUAACAUUUUAAUGUGUGAAGAACCAAAUGAUGUGAUAGACAGACUUCUAAGACAAAGCGAUAUAUACAAAAAUGAAAUUCAAGAAAAAGAUAAAAUGCUAUUAAAUCUACAAAAUGAUAUACAGAUGAAAAAUAAAACAUUAGAAGAACUAGGAGAAGAAAUUCAGAAAUAUAAAAAUGACAAUUUAGAUAAUAUGAAAAUUAUACAAUCAUUAAAAUAUAAAAUAACUAGAAAAGAUAUUCAUAAGAAUGAUAACAGUACAACCGAAGCAGGACAAAAGAAUAAUAAUUAUUUAAUAAAAUUAUAUAAUGAAAAUAAUAUUUUAAAGGAAAAACUUAAAAAAUUAAAUAACUCUAGUAAACAGCAAGACAACUCUACAAAAUUGAUGAUAAAAUUGGAACAUAAAAAAGAAGAAGAGAAUCAAAGCAACCUAAUUAACAGCAUAGAUAAGAAAGAUGAUGAUCAGAUGGGGAAAAUAAAUUUUUUUAUGAAAGCCUUUUUAGAUGCUGAACAAAAAUUAUACAUAGCUGAUGUUGUAAUAAAUACUCAAAAGGAAAUAAUGACAAAAAUGAAAAAGGAAAGAAGCAACUAUUUGGAGAACAUCAAAGCAAAAAAAAUAAUUUUUAAGAAAGAAUUAGAAAAGUCAUUAGAUUUUAUCUUUUCUUUAUGUGAAGACAUAGGAUCCAAAAAAGAAAAGAUAUGCAUUACCAACAGGAUGAAGAAUUUACAAGAUUGCAUAUAUGAUUUUUUAAGAGAAUUUGAAGGAAGUUAUUGA